AUGGCGAUUAAAAUUAUCAUUGUCGGAGCUGGAGUCGGUGGUACAGCAGCUGCUGCUAGACUUAGUAAAAAAGGAUUUCAAGUGGAAGUAUAUGAAAAAAAUUCUUAUAAUGGCGGAAGAUGUUCACUAAUUCACCACAACGGAUAUCGAUUUGAUCAAGGACCAUCGUUGUACCUAAUGCCAAAAAUAUUUGAGGAGACAUUUGCUGACUUAGGCGAGGACAUUAAUAAUCACAUAGAUUUAUUGAAAUGCCCUUCUAAUUAUACAGUGCAUUUCCACGAUGGAAAACAAUUCGAAUUAACCACUGAUUUAUCAAGACUAUCACGUUCUUUAGAAAAAUAUGAAGGUGAAGGUGAAUCGACAUUAAUUAAUUUUUUGAAUUUUGUAAAAGAAUCUCAUGUGCAUUACAAAAGGAGUGUUAAAGUUGCACUCAAGACGGAUUUUCAACAUUGGUAUGACUUUUUCCAUCCAAAACACAUACCAGAUGUAUUGAAACUUCAUUUAUUGGACACUGUUUACAAUAGAGCUUGUAAAUAUUUCAAAAGUGAUUACAUGAGAAAGGCUUUCACAUUCCAAACUAUGUACUUGGGGUAAUUAUACACUUUAAUUUUUAAAUUAAUUAAGAAUGAAAUUUAAUUUUUGAUUUUUUUCUUUAGAAUGUCACCAUAUGAUGGAAUAGCUCCUUAUAAUUUACUGCAGUAUACUGAAAUAGCAGAAGGAAUUUGGUAUCCAAAAGGAGGUUUCAACACAGUUUUACAAAGUCUUGAAACUAUUGCUGUGAAUUAUGGUGCCAAAUUUAAUUAUAACAGUGAUGUCCAAGAAAUAAUAAUUGACGAAAGAGGUGUGGCAAAGGGAAUCAAAUUAAACAAUGGCGAUACAGUGGAUGGUGAUAUUGUGAUUUGCAAUGCAGAUCUCGUUUAUGCAUACAACAAACUCUUACCUAAAACAUCUUAUGCAGAAAAACUUAGGAAUAAACAAUUUACUUCUUCAUCAAUAUCAUUUUAUUGGUCAAUGAAUGAAAUUAUACCUCAAAUGGCAGUACACAAUAUAUUUUUAGCUGAACAUUACAAACCGAGUUUUGAUCAAAUUUUUAAAGACCAUACAUUGCCAGAUUUUCCAUCAUUUUAUAUUAAUGUACCUAGUCGUAUUGAUCCUACAGCAGCACCGGAAGAUAAAGACACAAUCGUAGUCUUGGUACCAGUAGGACAUAUAUCUAAUAAUCCAGAUAUUGAUUUUGACAAACUCAUAAAAAGAGCUAGGGAACAAGUAAUAGAUACAAUAGAAACAAGAUUAAAGAUAUCAAACUUCAAGAAUAAAAUUAAUCAUGAGAUAAUAAAUGAUCCAAGGUCUUGGCAAAAUGAAUUUAAUUUAUGGAAAGGGUCUAUAUUAGGGUUAACUCAUUCAUUAUUUCAAGUUCUGUGGUUCAGGCCUAGUAUAAAAUGUAAAAUAUUCAAGAAUUUAUAUUUUGUUGGUGCUUCCGUGCAGCCAGGUACCGGUGUACCAAUAGUUUUAUGUGGUGCAAAAUUAUUGGAGAAACAGUUAUGUGAAACAUUUUUGGAAGGUAAAAUAGAAGAUCUUAAUGUAUGGGCAAAAUGUUUAUCGUUUUUGAUAGGCCUUUUAGGGCUUUUAAUUUUUUGGUUUUUUUUUAAUUAA